CAGGUGGUGACUUUGUGAUUGAGCAAGAAAUAGCUCCCCAGACGUAAUGUCAACUUACAGUUACCACCAUCUUGUCACAAUAUUUCUCAUCUUCAUCAUACUAACGCUCUUGCAACUACUCUACCAUCACCGCUACAGUUAUUGGUAUUACCGUAAGAUACCAUAUCUCGAGCCGACCAUAUUUUUGGGAAAUUUACGACCGUUACUUUUUCUACGCACAUCUUUUGGUGAUUACUUUCGCGCACUUUACGCUGAACCGACAUUCAAAGCAGCGCCAUUUUUCGGUUUCUUCAUACUGCACACACCCGCUUUGCUCAUACGAGAUCCACAACUGAUCGAACAGUUAUUCGCAAAAGAGUCUAAUAGUUUUCCCAAUCGUUAUGAGGCGGCCGAUCUUGAGUGUGAUACUAUGGGCGCUUUGACGUUGCCUUUAGCUAAAUACAGCAUAUGGCGUAAGAGCCGACGAGAGAUCUCCAAACUAUUCACUAGUGGACAUAUGAAAAAGAAAAUGUAUCCGAAACUCAUAACGCUCGCUGAACACCUAGAAGGGUAUAUCACGCGUAGAAUGGCACAAGAUGAUCGCCGAGCAACUGCACAUAGCGUGUCAACAGUGAUAGAGGUCAAAGAGAUGUGUGCGCUGUAUACGACAGACGUCACCGCCACUCUAUUGUAUAGCAUCGAAACGGCAGGUUUACUGAAUGAUGGCUGUGAAAUGCGCGCUCAGUGUGAGCAACUAUUUCAGCCCAAUCUACGCAAGAUAAUCGAUUUCUUUACUAUAUUCUUCCUGCCCCGAGCAGUGCGUGCGCUUAGAUCCAGAGUAUUCACGCAACGAUAUGCAAACUAUAUGCGACAACUAGUCGAGUUACGCACUAAAAUGAUCGACGGCGCUCAUGAGAGUGGCGACCUUAUCGAAUUAUUGAUGAAAAUGCAGAAGACCUUGAAUGAUUUACGGCCGCAGAGUGUUUGGUUGAGGCAUCCAGAUUUUAUUCCAGCGCAGGUGGGUAUUUUCCUAUUGGCUGGCUUUGAGACAUCCUCGUCACUGAUCGCGUUCAUUUUAUACGAGCUAGCGAAGCAGCCGAGUAUACAGCAGAAAUUAAGAGAUGAAAUACAUGCUUAUUCGCGUGGACCACCGAAAUCACGUUUAAGUUAUAAGCAAAUACUACAUAUGCGUUAUAUGGAUAUGGUGGUUGCGGAAGGCUUACGUCUAUAUCCGACAGCGCCAUUCAUAAAUCGUGAGUGUUUGCCGAAAGGUUAUCAGCAAACAUUAUGGUAUGAGCAGAGAAAGAAAUGUCUAAAUAUACCCAAGGGUGUGCCUGCCUACGUCUCCAUUUUGGGCCUACACAGGGAUCCAAAGCACUGGCCCAAUCCACAACUCUACGAUCCAGAAAGAUUUUCGUCCGAAAAUCUGCCGUCUAUUAAACCAAUGACUUAUAUACCGUUCGGUGUUGGCCCUCAUGGUUGUGUUGGCAGUCGACUGGGAUUACUGCAAGUCAAAUUGGGUUUAGUAUAUAUAUUAAAGCGACAUCGUGUCGAGUUGUGCGAGAAGACAAUGAGUGAAAUUCAAUUUGAUCCAAAAAGAUUUAUGCUGGAAGCCAAAGGAGAGCUAUACUUGAAAUUUGUGAAGGAAAAGAAUGCUUCACGCACCUCCUCACGCAAACGUUGCUGCACAUCCGGAUUACGCGCCAUUUCAUACAUAGUGAACGACAUGGUCGCUGAAGAAGUCUCAAAACCCGCAGAGAAGAAAAUCGCCGCUUGCGCCGCUAAAGCAUCACGUUCCAAUAUAAAUGGUUUCUUACCCUCCUUCACUUCUUCUUCGGCCUCACGUCGAAAUUUAAUUAAAAUAUCAAUGAGAUCAUUACGUGUCGUACCUGUGCGCAUACGUUCUUCCAUCGUUCGAUUGAUUGUGUCGCGCAGAAAGAUGGUGGUAUCGGUUGAAAAGACUUUGAAACCGAAUAAUUUUACCACGAUUGUGAAUGAUUUCAAUCGAAAUUCAGAAAAUGUUGAAGAAAAUCUUGCAUUGAACGACUACGACGAUGGUGAUGAUAUUAGAGAUUUAGAUUAUGUGCUGGAUGGUGACGCCUCAGAUGUUGAAAACGAAUUGGUUAUUGAACCGAACGAAAUACUCGACAUACUGAGCUUGAUGCAUUUAUUGGUAUACCUUGUUGCUGCUGGUGUUAGAAAAAAUAAUAUGGAAGAGUCAGCACUUUUAUGGCGUUCCGAUGCUUUGCCCAUCUUUCGUGCUGCUGUGUCAUAUAGACGAUUUCUUGCAUUGGCCCGAUAUAUUCGUUUCGAUGAUAGUCGUACGCGUCAAUUUCGUCAAGCAUCCGUCAAAGCGGCUCCUAUUCGCAAUCUAUGGAAUUUUUUGAACGAAACCCUCGCCAAAAAUGAUGAGCCGCUUGAAAACGUAACCAUUGACGAGCAGUUGUUUCCAUAUCGUGGUAAAACUAAAUUCACCCAGUUUAUUCCAUCAAAACCACCUAGAUAUGGAAUAAGAGUUUGGUGGGCAUGCGAUUCAAAGACAAAAUAUCCAUUGCAAGGUAAAUUAUACACAGGCAAAGAAGGCAACGAGCGUGUCACAGUCACAGUGGACGAACGAUUGUUGCUGAUGAUUUUCACAACGUUGAAUAGAGCUAAACGGCUGGCCAAUAUUGGUCUCGCAUUUGUCGGUACAAUUCGAGCCAACAAAGCAUUUUUACCGCCUGAAAUGAAGAAAAAUCCACAGCGUUCAUUACUCUCAACUUUGGUUUUCAUGAAAAUUUGGUAUCGCUUUGCAGAUACGUGCCAAAAAAAACAAAAACAAAGUCGUAAAUUUGGUUUCAACCGUCCAUUAUAUUAUACAACAAAUGCCGGAGGCGAAGCGAAAAAACCAGAAGCAAUUCUGUAUUAUAAUAUCAACAAAUCUGGUAUCGAUUGCAUGGACCAAAUGGCGACUCAUUUUUCAACAAAACGACCGACCAACCGUUGGACUGUGGCUUUCUUUUUCAAUAUGUUGGAUAUUAUGGCAUUGGCAUCGUUUGUUAUUUGUAAGGAAAUGGAUGGGCUACAUAAACAUGACACGAGACGUUCAUUUUUGAAUACAUUAGCCAAACCAUUGGUUCUUGCAAACGUUGAAAACCUUCAAACGAUGCUGCCAACAGAUACCCUCUUCCUACUGGCGGCCCUCGUCGGGCUAUUCUACGUAUGGUGUCGCUACACUUACGGUUAUUGGCAGCGACACAAGAUUCCCUACAUCCAACCAAUACCCAUAAUUGGAAACACAAAAGUCAUGUUCACGUUGAGUAAAAGUUUCUUCUUGUAUCUCUCCGAUGUUUAUGACGAUGAUAAAAUGUCCAACGCCGCUGCAGUCGGUAUUUAUAUAUUUAAUAAGCCAGCGAUUGUGCUACGCGAACCGGAGCUCAUUAAGUCUGUGUUAAUUAAGGAUUUCCAAAAGUUCUCCAAUCGUGCUGCCGCAUGUGAUCCACACGGAGACGCCUUAGGUUCGAACAACUUGUUCUUCAUACGUAAUCCACAAUGGAAAGAGUUGAGAACGAAAAUUUCACCGGUCUUCACAACGGGCAAGAUCAAGCAUAUGUAUUCGCUUAUGACGGAGAUCGGUCUAGAGUUAGAAACCAAUUUGAAAACGUAUGCUAAGUCAGAUGAUUCCUUCGUGACCGACGUCAAAGAGGUAAGUGCACUCUUCACUACCGAUUUGAUAGCAACGAUCGCUUUUGGUAUUAAAGCCAAUAGUUUGGCUAAUCCGAAUGGCGAGUUUCGUAAGCAAGGCCGAAAAUUUUUAGAGUUUACACUUCGUCGAGCGAUUGAUUUCUCCAUCGCAUUCUUCUUUUCGAAUUGGGUAUCGAAAUUGCGCAUAAAAUUGUUUACACCAGAGUUUAGCACAUUCAUGCGCGGCACCAUCAGUCAUGUGAUGAUCGAGCGAGAGAAGAGUAAGGCUACACGUAGCGAUCUAAUCGAUGUGCUGGUGAAUAUUAAAAAGGAAGCUGUCGAAAAUGGUGAAUAUAAUGCCGAGAUGCAGGAUGUAUUGACAGCGCAAGCUGCAGUAUUUCUGACAGCUGGCUUCGAAGCGUCAUCCUCAACAAUGACAUUUACCUUGUACGAACUAUCUAAACGGCCCGAUUUGCAAAAACGAUUGCGCAACGAAAUAUAUGAAGCAUUGGUGGCUGAAAAUGGUAAAUUAUCUUAUGAGACUAUUAGCAAUCUGCCAUAUCUGGGCAUGGUGGUAGACGAAGUGUUACGUCUCUAUCCUGUCUUGCCGAUACUCGAUCGCCAACAUUUGCACAAGGAUGGAGAAAGUCCAUUUGAUCUAAAACCAUAUUACGAUUAUACAAUACCAAAGGAUAUGUCUGUUUAUAUACCGUUGUUUGCUAUACAACGUGAUCCUAAGUAUUGGCCGAAUCCGAACACCUUUGACCCGGAACGCUUUAGUCCCGAAAAUAAGAAUACACACCCACCAAUGGCAUACAUGCCAUUCGGCAAUGGUCCACGUAAUUGUAUCGGCAGUCGUAUUGGUUUGCUGCAAUCAAAACUUGGUUUGGUUCAUAUUUUGAAGGAUCACUAUGUUGCGACUUGUGCGAAGACGCCGGAGGAGAUAACCUUUGAUCCAUUUUCUUUAGUUUUAAGUUAUAAGGAUGGCAUUUACUUACGGUUUGUCAAUGAUAAGCUCUACGAACGGAGUGCAAAUAAAUGAGAAAUUGGUUUAGUAGUGAUUAAAAAAAAACUAUGU